AAAGUUAGAUAACUGCUAUAAAAGAGACAAACUUAAGAUAACUUUCUCUGUGAACAAAUAUUUCUAACGUUUAGCAAUCAUGAUGUUUAAGGUAGCUUGUUUUUUUCUUAGCGUAGCGUUCGUUGUCGGAAAUAUUCAAAUUACAGUUCACGACUGUGGAUCUAAAGAUGCCCGAAUCAACUCCAUUCGUGUAGAACAAUGUGAAAAAGAACCGUGUGUAGUUCAUAAAGGUGCAAACUAUACGGUGCAAGUUGACUUUACAACAACACGAAAUAUUAAUGAGGCCCACAAUGUGUUACACGGUGGACUAGGAUUUCUUCAAGUUCCAUUUCCAUUAACUCCAGAGAAUGCUUGUAAUAAAAGUGUAACAUGUCCGAUGAUUGCUGGAAACACAUAUAUCUAUAGACAAACAAUGACAUGCCCCUCAUUUGCUCCAAGUUUAAAAGUUACCGCAAGAUGGGAGUUAAAAGAUGAGCAUGGUGCUGAUAUAUUCUGCUUCGCUACUGGAUUAAGUAUUAUUAGUUAAUAAGCAAUGAAACUUUGAAACAUUAUACAAUUGUUAAAAAUAAAAAAUAUAAUAUU